AUGGCAAAUCAUUUGCACUUCCAUAAUAUCUCCAACCGAUCGCUAUUAGAAAAGGAGAAAUAUCUGCUACAAGAGUUUGACAUUGGACGAUGCAUCCCUUCCGUUUGUUUGAUCUUUUUCUCGCUAUUGACGAACUCCAUUGUCGUCAUUUCUUACUCUUUGAACCACAAGAUGCGAACUACAACAAACACGAUGGUUUUGAAUCACUGCCUGGUGGACAUUCUCCUUGCCCUAUCGGAUAUUGCUUUUUAUCUCACACCAGCUUAUAUUCCAAGGCUUACGAAUAGCUACCUAUUUUGCGAAUUGUCGGUUUCUCUCGAUAGCCUGCUCAAGGCGGCGUCGAUCCUGAGCAUGAGUGGAAUAGCCAUCGAUAGAUACAUAAACCUGCUAAGACCUUCUAGAAAAAAAAUGACAAAAAAGCAAACUGUAGCGUCCUUGAUAUGGUGCUGGAUGCAAUCUACAAUUGCAGCGAUUCCGUGGCACGCAAACUCUCUCAAGCAUCGAUCUGAAAACUCUCUCAGUCAGCUGGCUCUAGUUUGUCACACUCUUCCUCGCCUAUUUGAGGCGGGGAUGCCGUCGACUGCCUUGUCCAUUUUUCACAAGACUGUGUGCGUAAUGAUUCCUCAAAUGUGCAUCUAUUACGUUUCAUGCCGCGUUUUCAGCGCUCUGCGGCGAAGACGGAGGGUGAAAAUAAGAGACAGUUUACUUAGAGUUACAACAUGGCCCAAUUCCGCGAAUAGUUUUGUUGCACGUGCUCAGACAAAGUCGCCGAUCACUGCUAUGGUCCUGUUUCUGCUCUACGUACUUUGCACAGCACCGUUCGUUGUAGCGAUAGUUUGGACGAUGUUACCGGAAAAUCAGGUCCUUUCCUCAGGAGUGGCUUUCACUGUAUACUUCUUCUUUCGUCUCAAGGGAUCUUUAUUUCCGGUGCUGUAUAUUCUAAGAAACCGUGUAGUUUUAAAUUCGCUGCAGAAAUUUACGUGCUGCUCGAAUUUCUCAAGAUUUCAGAGCUGUGGAAUCUCAUUCGAUAAGCGUAAUUCAGGUAUCAACUUCUCCGGGUGGAACCGUGUUACGUCUAAACAAAUAGCAACAAAGGGUUUUCGACGGCGGGAACCCAUGCGGAAAGAAUCAAGUGCCUUCUACUCAAUCAAAAGUGCUAACGUAGAAUUGAACUUCACUGAUCUUAAAACUGCAACUGGAGAUUCUUUAUAA